AUGGCAUCUCCACUAGUUUCUCUACUCCUCAUCGGGAUCUGCUGUCUGGCCCUCGUCCACAAGUCCUCGGCUGUGUGUUGCGCCACCAAGGAGGAAGUGACCUUUACUAUGGAGAGGGGAAACUGCAAGGAUGUGGGAGGAUAUGCAGUCGGUCGCGACACUUGCGAACUCCUGAUCUGCGCCGAUGGACUGGCCCAGGUGGGCAUGUUUUGUGGCCAGGGAUCGUGCAACGUUUUUGGCUGCAACUGCGAUGGCGGAUGCUUGGAAGGCGACUGGUCCCGAACCUUUGCGGAGAGAUACGAAAUCUACGGAGUAAAAGUCAUCAAGGUUAACAGGAUGUCCCCUUACUAG